GCACUGAACGACUGAGCGUUGAACCACUCUCUGCACUCCAACAGCCUCAACAUGAACCCAACUACAAGAACACCUCUAGAAACACCUAUUAGCGUAUAGUAACAAAAAUAGCGAGCUGAAAGCGAAAAUGAAGCGAUUACAGAUAGCUAUAUGUACAAGCGCAACAGAAUGGCUCUAUUUUUAGGUUAUAUGAGGUUUUGACAUGUGAGGGGCUAAAGCUAAACGUGCAUUGUCAAAUAUUGUAACUUAAUUGAAUAUUUUAUACUCGACAUGCACAGGCAAGCAUUGAUCCUGACGCAAUUAACGUUGCCAUGGAAAUAUGAUUCUUCUAAAUGGAAUUUGUGGCGAAUGUACAGAACACGAGCAAAUCAUAAAACCAAAGAAUACGAAGGUCGCAAAUUAGUAGGCUUUUCAAUGGAGAAAAUGUACUACGUAGUUGCCGAUGUGGGAAAUUAUAAAAAUUUUUUACCCUUUUGCAAAAAAUCUGAAAUUACUUGGAAAACCAAAGACUUCUUGAAGGCCAAUUUAGUAAUUGGAUUUCCACCUAUAAAUGAAAAUUAUACUUCAACGGUGACUACAGUAUAUCCAAGGCUAGUUAAAGCCGAAUGUAAGGAUGGCAGAUUGUUUCAUCAUUUAGAUACCUUGUGGUUGUUUAGUCCUGGACUGAAAAAUAAUUUAGAAACAUGUGUGAUCGACUUCUCCUUGUCUUUCGAGUUUAAGUCUACCAUUUAUUCUCAUUUGUCAAAUUUAUUUUUUAAUGAAAUUGUGAGACAAAUGGAGAAUGCUUUCCUUGAAGAGGCUGUAAAAAGGUAUGGCCAGCCAUGUUUAAAAACAGUACGGCUACAAAGAUGACACAAGAUAUUUAUAGAAAUCAUUGAAAAUAGAUAUUUAUUUUUUGGCUUAAUGAAUUUAUCUAUUGUUACCUAAUUCGCUUUAUCCGAA